AUGCUGGCAUGGCAGGACGGCGGGGCCAAGGCGGCUCCUUCCCACCACAAGAUCUCCUUCUCGGUCCUGGACAUCCUGGACCCGCAGAAAUUCACCCGCGCUGCGCUCCCGGCCGUGCGCUCUGCUUCCCGGGAAGCCAAGAAAAGUUUGGCAGAGGCCGAAGCGGGGAAGGACGCCAGCCCGGGGGAUCAGGCUCGGCAGAGGGAGACCCCUGGUAAGGAUGCGAGGAGGCCUUCGGCCUCGGGAAGCCCCGGCUCGGAUGACGCGACAGAGAGGUGGGGGGGACAGCCAGGGACACGGGGCGGCGGCGGCGGCGGCGGGAGAGGCCUCAGCCCGGGUCCGCCCGGCCCGGGCGCUCUGCCCUUCCAGACUUUCCCCUCCUACUCCGCGGCCAACGUCCUCUUCCCAGCCGCCGCCUCCUUCCCGCUGACGCCCGCCGCCGCCGGGAGCCCCUUUGCGCCCUUUCUCGCGCCCUCCUACCUGACCCCUUUCUACGCCCCGCACCUGUGA